AUGGUUGCAACUGGAGCUGUCACUAAACUGGCUGAGGUUGACUUCGAGUCUGUUCUUAAGGAAGACAAAUUGGUUGUCUGCGAUUUCUAUGCGACGUGGUGUGGUCCUUGCAAAGCUUUUGCUCCCAAGUUUGAAGAAAUGGCAAAGGCCCACACGAAUGUUAUUUUCGUAAAAGUUGAUGCCGAUGAGUGUGAGGAACUUUCGAAGAAAUACGAAGUCACUGCUCUGCCUACCCUGGUUGCAUUUAAAGGUGGUGCUGAGGUCGGGCGCGUUGUCGGUGCUAGCGAAGAUCAAGUCAAGGAGUUGGUGAAGACUUUUAUGUAG